AUGAAGAAAGAAGAUAUCAAGGCAUGGGAGUGGCUAGAAAAUAAGCCUCCUGAGAAUUGGUCCAAAUCACACUUUAGGGAUUUUUCCAAGUGUGACAUUUUCUUAAAUAACCACAGUGAAAGUUUCAACAGCUAUAUUUUGGAAGCUAGAGAUCAACCAAUUCUUACAAUGUUAGAAGUGAUUAGAAUGAAGUUAGUGAAAAGAAUGUGUUUCAAGGGGAAGGUGGCUCAUAAGUACACUGGGGCUAUUUGUCCUAAGAUCAUCAAGAAGCUUGAGAAGUAUAAGGAAUUGUCAUCUAAUUGUUGGGCAACUGAAGCUGGUGCUAGAAAAUAUAGCGUUGAUGUAUGGGAGAAAAUAUAUGUGGUUGAUCUAGAUGCUCGGACUUGUAGUUGUCGCCAAUGGCAGCUUUCCGAAAUUCCUUGCCAACACACCAUUCCUUGCAUCUUACAAGAAAGAAAGAAUCCAGAGGAAUUUGUGCAUGAAUAUUACAGCUUAGAUAAGGCUGCAUAUGGACAUGUCAUAAAUCCUCUUAGAGAUAUAGACGACUAUGAACCAACAUGUUAUCUCCCGGUGCAACCACCUCCUGGGAAAGUGAUGAGAGGAAGAAAACAACAGCGUAGGAGAAAAACAAUAGAUGAGCAGGUUUGUAAGGUAGCAAAAGAUGUAACGAAAAUUUUAGGCAAUACAGGACAAAUAAAGGGAAAUUGUUCUAAGUGUGGAGGACAAGGCCACAAUAUAAGGACAUGUGGCAGGGAAGCUUCUCAAGCUUCUUAG